CCUCCGUGCCUUCGUGAAAUUCGCACAACAUGUCGCGACCCAUGGAUGAGGAGGAGCCCAGUCUGCUCUUGAUAAUCCUGGACGCAUCCUCUGCCUUCUGGACAAAGCGAGAAGCUGUCCGGCGAAGACAGAAGCAGCGACCGGAGUCAGGCGAGGUGAAGCUGUCGUCCUUCCAAGACACGGUGGAGGCCACUCUAAUGUUCGUUGAGAGCUACCUCAUGAUGCACCGACGAAACGAGGUGUGCUUCGUCGCCUGCACCGCACGGGAAAGCACCAUCAUCUUCCCUACCCCCGCCAUGGAGCGGGAACAGCGAUCGCUUGGCAGGGGUUCCGUGAGCACCAAGGAGUUCCAAAACUGCCUGUGGGAUGGGCUAGGCCGUGUAGUCGAGAGGGGUCACGCGGCAGACGCGGCGGGCGGAGGGGACGAGGGGUGCGCUCUGGCGGGAAGCCUGUCUAAGGGCCUGUGCUACGUUAACAAAAAAAUGCGCGAGUCCUCGUCGAUCCAGGCAAGUCCAGCGCGGGCUUUGGUCCUGUCGGGAUCACCGGACGUUCCGGAGACGUACAAUUCGGUCAUGAACGCGAUCUUCUCGGCGCAGAAGGCCGGGGUCCUCGUGGACUGCGCCGUACUCGGAGAGUCGUCCACGUUCCUUCAGCAAGCGGCCUACCUCACGGGCGGGCUGUACCUGGAACACCAAGGAGUGGGCCUAGCGCAGUAUAUGUUUGCCACGUUUUUACCGAGUCAGAGCUGCCGCAAAUACCUCAAGCUUCGCACGCAGCAGAGCGUAGACUUCAGGGCGGCGUGCUUCUGCCACAAGCGCGUCGUGGACAUCGCUUACGUGUGCUCGGUGUGCCUGUCUGUGUUCUGUGAGUUCUCGCCAGUGUGCACGACCUGUGGCACGCGAGCUUGGCCGAAGAAGAUCAAGCGGGGCAAGCACAAGGCUCUUGCAGGGACGACCGUUGCAAAUGGUCGUCCAUGAGAGCGUCAAGCACACCAGGAACGAGGGAGGACGUCCACAAGCACAUCUCAGACUGCUUUGUUAUUGGUUGAGGAUUCCGCUGAAUUAGUUCGCCAAGGUUCUACAUGCAUCUGUACAUGGUGUUUCGCGCUUCAUCAGGCUCGAUGUUCAUAUACUUGUGGCGAGCAGCCGAUUUACCAAGGAUCUGUACGAAAAAAAAUUCAAGACACAUAGGCCUACUAAUCGAAAAUCGGGGUGAUUUUGGGGGGGAAGGCAGGGACAUAUACCCAAGUAUCCCCGGGUUUUCCCCCGAGGCGUCGGCGGUUUGGCGUUAGGUUAGGGUCAGGGUUGGGGUUAGGGCUAGAUUGAAAAAGUCAAACGUAGCCCUAAAAGACCAAGGCUAACGAGUAGAUUUGCGAGACUAUCGAUCCUGUUGUUGUGCAGUGCUAGAAGCGGCAAAGACAAGUUCGUAAGGCAGGUGGUUGUGUUGGAUGGUUAGGUGAACUGCUUCGCUCAUUUCGAGCUUUGGCCGAAUGCACUGUACUUUUGUAGGAAAGGGGCGCUACCGUACGACGUACGUGUGUUCCUAUAGCACGGCCGAGCGGGGGCCGGCUUCUGAAGAGCAGACGGGGAAGGAGUAACGAGAGCGAGGCAUGUUUGCAAUCCAUCUAAACCUCUGGUAACUUUUCGACGACUCGU